AUGGCGCCGUCGCUGGACCGCGCGAGUGUGCAGUUCAUGGCGCAGUCGCUCCGCAGCAGCUUCCUCGUCCAGGCGCUGCUUGGGCUCGUGCUCGUGGUGGUGCUGCGCUACGUCGUCCUGUCCUGGCGCGCGGGCAUCACGCCGUACGAGGUGGAGACGUGUCCGCCCAUUAACCCACACGUGCAUUACCGCUAUGGCGUGUCGCAGAUGCAAGGGAGACGGCCGUACAUGGAAGACCGCCACACGGCAGUAGCCGACUUGAAUGGCGACCCUAAGCAGAGUUUCUACGGCAUUUUUGACGGGCACGGAGGCGACGGAGCGGCAGACUAUUGUGUACAGGCCAUGUGUCAGAACGUGAUCCGAGAGCCAUCGAUCACAAAGGAACCGGCAGAAGCGCUAAGGAGCGGGUUCUUGCGGACAGAUCAAGAGUACCUGCAAAUUGCCAAUAGCAGAAACGCAGAAGAUGGCACGACGGCCGUUGUGGUGUUCACGCAAGGCAACGAGAUGUUUGUGGCACAUACAGGAGACUCUCGCGCUGUCUUAGUGCAUCGCAAUGGCAAUGUGUCGGUUUUGACGUUGGACCAUAAACCGAAUCGACCAGACGAGCGCCGUCGAAUUCAAGAGCUGGGAGGAUCGGUUGUGUUCUGGGGCGUAUGGCGCGUCGAAGGCAUUUUGGCUGUGUCUCGAGCGAUCGGAGACCGCAUGCUCAAGCCGCUCGUGGUCGCAGAACCUGAAGUGAAGCAGCUCACGCGGACGGAGGAGGACCAGUAUUUAGUUUUGGCAAGCGACGGUGUUUGGGAUACGGUCUCCAAUGAAGACGUAGCGCAGCUGGUGCUCAAAUAUGAAGAUCCGCAGACAGCAGCGCAGCAUCUCAUGGAGGAGGCGUAUGCACGAGGCAGCAUGGACAACAUCUGCGUCAUGGUCAUUGACUUGAGAGCGUAA